UAGUUCAUAAAAUAAAUCUUUGUUACUUGUUGUAGAGCAUACAUACCAAUCGUACCAUAGGUGUAUUUUGUUUCUACUUUCAUGUUAAUUAACAGAAAAUUGAACUAAAAGUAGAAAAGGACCUUGAACAUAUUUAUUUUAGUUAUGGCUUAAACUUCGGGUAAAUAAAUUUGUAAAUAUUUAGUUGAAAUAAGUAAAUGACAUCGUUUAUUUUAGUGUCAUUAAUUGCUUUUUGAGUUUUAUUAAACAAUGAGUGCGGAAAAUGGUAUUUACUUCAAUUGACAAAUAAUUUUCUAGUUUUUCUUUGUGAUAUCUACUUUUAAAAAUAGUUGAAACAAUUGUUUAUAAUUGUUAAAGUUCUUAUGUGUUAUAAUGGAAGUUUCUAAUGAAAUAAAAGAAGACAUUCGUAAAACACAAUCUGAUUUAAAAAACGCAAUUCGUGUUCAUCAGAUAUGGGUUGCGCGUCUGCAGGAAGACGAAAAUAAUGCUAAUUUGAAAAAUAAAGUGAGUGAAGCAGAGAAAGAAAUAAUAGCUAUAGGUCAGGCUCAAAAAUUAGUAGUGGAUAGACUUCGCAGGGAAUUAGAGUUAUAUCAACAGCGUCUAAGGGCCAGAAAUAAGCAAGUUAGCAUAGAAAAUGACAACAGAUAUGUUGCUCAACAACUAAGAGAUCAUCAAUUACAAUAUCGAAGCAGAAAUCGCACUGUGUCUCUCUUAAAACCAUCAGUUUUAAAUGAAAUCCAGAUUAAAACAGAAAACAUUAAUAAUGAUGUUUCUGAUUCAGACAAUGAAAACAAAUACUGUGAAAAGGAGAACACAAAUAACAUUGAAAUUGGUGAGAAGGAUGUUUAUUCAAAAAAUGUAACACAGUUGCAAAAUAUUGUACAAGAUAGCAGAAGUAAUUUUGCGAUCGCAUUAAAUAAAGUAAAGGAGUCUUUCAUUGGUGGAAAAAUCCAGAAAGAUCAUAAUGAGGUGCAGGAACAGCAAUCAGAUUCGGACUCUUCACUGGGAAUGGAUAUUUCACCAACACCAUCCCCACCACCUCUCCCUGAACCAGGAGAACCUGUACCCAAGGAGGUUUUUAUGAGACUCAUUGGUUUGAUCACGUUACAACAAAAGGAUAUAAUAGAAAGAACGAGAAAUGAACGUCGCAAACGAUCUUCAAAUGACAAGAGUGAAUUUCUCUUUGGCAGUUAUGACAUGAUACCCAAAAGGAAAAAGUACAAUCAGUAUCCAUAUUUGCAGUCACACAGCGAUCCGCCGCAAACACGUUCUGCAAAGUUACGAAAGCAACAGAGUCAAAAUAAAUUUUCAAGGGAAGGUUCUCCUUCAGGGUCAUCAUCAGAAAAUAAGGGAGGUUGGAGCAACAAUAAACCGGCCUGGGUGGCGUCGUUACCGGCGGGUCUAUCCGUAGAGCCAGUUUAUUCACCUACUAAGAAAGUCUGUCAUGGAUGUGGAAGAAAUGACGUGCCGUCGCUGCUGGUGUGGUGCGCGUGGUGCGAGCUGUGGCAGCACACGGGCUGCGGCGCGGGCGGGCGCUGCGCCGCGUGUGCGCGCGCGCUGCCCGAGCCCGCCGUGUGCGGCGCCGCGCGCGCCGCCAGCGUGCACCUCUACUCGGAUAAACUCGCCGAAAGGAAAUGUUUGCAAGAAAAAAACAUAAAAUUGUGCGUGGAGUUACGUAAAUUAGAAGCACGAGCAGCGACCUUAAAAGAAAAUUUGGAUGAACAUAAUGCGGAGAAACGUCAAUUGUUAGCAGACCAGAUAAAAACUCAGAGAAAUCUCCAGAAACUACUAGACUUCAUCAGUCAAUUUAAAGAAACGUCCAUCAGUAUCCGUUCAACAUCGGUCAGCGAGUCCGGCAGUGAAGUUAGUAAAAGUAAUGAAGAAUGAAAUGGUAAAUAUAUUUAAUUUUAGAGGUUUGUAUACAUGUUGUAUAAUUUGUACAUAGAAUGGUUUAAAUUAGUAGUAAAUUUUAUACAAAAUGUGAAAAAAUAAUUAGAUAUCGCUAGUGAUAGUAAAAUCAUACUGAGAUCUGCCUGUUUGUGGACUUAACAUUGAUUGGUGGAUCUGAAAAGAUUUUAUUAUUGUAUAUUACACGCUGUAAUAAUUCUUGGUGUUGUACCAAGAAGUAUUAUCUAAAAAUGAGAAAUAAUUCCUCUCCAGCAACAGUGGAUUAAUUGUUUUAGUACAAAUUAUUUAUAUAAUUAGUAAUUUCUUAAUCGUCUUUAAAAAUUAUAAAUAAACUUGAAAAAUGGUAAUAUCAAUAUUUGUUAUUAUAUUCACUGUGAACAAUCAAUUUUUUUAUAUAAGUGCAAUUCUACAAAAUAAAUUCUGCAAGAAAUACAUAUCAUCAUGACAAUGUAAUUUCGAAAAUCGUAAAAGUAUUUUUAUCAAUUUCCUAAACAGUUCCGUAAAGUUUAUGUCAAGAGAAGAUUUAUAAACGGUCGUCAAUCAUACUAUUCGCAGUCUAAAGGGUUUUUAAAACGAUACCAAUAUUUAACAGCUCAGAAUACUUAUUUGACUGAUGCACGCAGUAAUUUUGGCUAUACAUAGCCAAAAUUACUGCAUAGGAAGAUAAAUUUGGGGCAUAGUUUUAUUUUAUAACGUAUGCAUGCACUGAAUUUGUUUUACCCGAACGAAGAACGAGUUUUGAAAUAAAUUAAAGUUAAAAUAUAUUUUUUUACUCCAUUACAAGUUUCGCCGUUUAUAAAUCUUAUCCUUAAAAGCAAAUGUUAUAUAAUAUAAUUAAUUAUAUUAUUCAUUUUUUAAAAUAAAAUUCUAAAUAAAAAUUAAUUGAUUGAUUGAACUCGGAUUUAAGUAUACAAUUUUGGUUUUCUUGUAAUUAUUAUAUUUGUUUUAACUGUAAUUCAUUUGAAUAUUUUGUUUACAAAUCAAUUGAAAAUUAGCUCAGAUGAUUGCAGCGAAUAAUUGAAAUCAAAUUUACAAGAUUCAACAUUUUAAUCAGAAUGCCAAAUAUAAAGGGAUAAAUGCAUUUAUAACAGCCACCAUAAACGAUUUUCCGAUAAAAAUAUAAAGAGUUCACAAAUUCAAGUAAUUGGUAUUCCAAAAAGUGUUCAGUAUUGAUUCCUAAAUAAUAAGCGAGUAUUAGGAAAUAUCUUCAUAAAUGUUUUGUUUAGUAGCUACAUAGUUAUAAAAAUAUUUUUCUAGCAUUUAGUUACUUGAAUUAAUGAAUUCAUAUUUGAUUGUUUCUGUGAUAUGAUUAAGUUUUCCUCGUUCGUAAUAAGUACUAUUUUGUUAAACAUGAUUUGUAUGUAAAUAAAUAUUCGUAAGUUGA